GCGAACGCGACCGCGGCCGGCACAGCAACUCGGGCGGUGGCAGGAUCGGCUCCCUGCAACCGAAAUGCACCUCACAAGGCGGCGCCGACAACUCUUAGCUCUUCUUUCUGUCGAAGCUGUCAACACUCUCCACCAUCAGCAGCACCGCUACUACUACAACAACCACAACUACGACAACGACGAGAGGCACGGAGGCGACAGCGACUGGAACGACGACAGCAGCGUCGCGGACGAGCGGCAGGGGAGCAGCGGACACCACCCCGGCGCGCUGUUGACAACCACGCCACGUCGUGAAGUCGUCGUCAGACAAUGCCCCUGGCCUGUACGGCGCCACCUAUUCUCCCAGCGACGAAGACGACAAACGGAACAAGAGCGACAUCGAGAGCGAUCGAGCAGCAGCAGCAGCGGCGCCGGAGCCACGUCAGAAACUCGGCAGCAGCAGCAGCAGCAGCAGCGGCGGAAGCAGCGACAUCGGUCUCGGGAGAGCAAGCCGCGGCCCAGGGCGGUCCCAGUUCGAGCACCGUCGCCGCCAUCCUCCUGUUCGUCCUGAUACUGCCGGCGGCACCCGACCCGGCGGCGGCGGCGGCGGCGGCGACGGGCGCGCACCACAACGCGACGACGCCGCUCUCGCUCCUGAACCCCUGGUUGUCAGCCUGUGAUAUCGCGGACCCGGCCACCGCGCCGGACCUCAGGGGCAGCUGCAGUGCGCGGGACGCGAUGCCCUCUCUCUCGGAUAAUAAUCACUACAGUAAUAAUUACGAUAGCGGAGUUAAUAAGCAGCGUAACAAUAAUAGUAGUAGUAAUUACGGUAGGGACACGGAGGCGGCGGCGGCGGCGGCGGCGGUGGAGGCCGAGAUGUGCUGCGGCCGCGCGCCGCUCGACGCGCUCAAGCCCGAGGCGCGCGCCGCCGCGCUGCGCGGCCCGGCCGCCGCCUGCCGCGCGCACCUGCGCGCCCUCGCGCGCCUCGACGCGCUCGCCGCCACGCUCGCCUGCAAGUUCGACGAGCUGCUGCGCCGCUACGACUGCGCGCAGGACUACUCCGUCAGCUUCGGCUGCGCCCACUGCCAGGAGUGUAUAUGCCACACCGGUGCUAGUGCUCGUUGCCAGAACUUUUACAGUCCGCUGGAAAUUGAAAGCUUCAUUGUGAAUGUUGUCAGGGGCCGUCGCCUUGCGGACGCGUUCCUAGCGAGUGCAGCGUCUGCUGAGGGCGGCGUGCCAGCAGUGCACGGGAGUCGGCCGCGCACCGCCCUGCAGGCCGGGCCGGGCCGGUGA